UCUAUCGACGACGAGGAGACGUGAUUCUUCGUUCGUCGAAAAGGGGAACCCCAUAUAUUCUGGUGAAAUCCUCCUCUUUCCGACGACCCUUUCGCCGGACCGUAGUUAUUCCCGUCCGCAUGACGGCUUUUCCCACCGGCGAGAAUUGAAGAGGAUGAGAAGUGAGAGGACUGAUUGUGGUUUCUUGGUACUAUGUCUUUCCCUGAUCUUUUAUGCACAGAGGACGCCGACUUCCUCGACCCGAACGGCUUCGACUUCCCUCUGCGGGAACCCGAUCUUCCCGGAGCGAGAGACGAGGAAGAGGAGGACGAAUCGAUUGUCAAGAUGAUCGAGCUUGAGGGCCGGUACACCCCGGAGAUCGGAUUUGCAAGGAGAUUGAGGAGUCAUCCUCUUGAGUGCUCCGCCCGUCUGGAGGCCACCGAGUGGAUUCUUGAGGCGGGAUCGUUUCUUGGGUUCAGGCCGCUGACGGUGUACCUCGCAGUUAAUUACAUGGAUCGCUUCUUAUCCGUCAAUGAUUUUCCGACAAAUGGUUGGACGUAUGAGCUAUUAUCCGUAUCUUGCCUGUCACUGGCUGCCAAAAUGGAGGAGUCUGGAGCCCCUUCGCUGCCGGUGAUACAACGGGCUGGUCUAGGAAGACACUUCUUUGAGCCCGACAGUCUUUUCAGAAUGGAGAUCGUCAUCUUGAGCAAACUGAAUUGGAAAUUACGCUCCGUGACUCCCUUCUCUUUCAUUGAGCUGUUUGCUCGCAAGGUUAACCCAAGCCAGGAGCUUAACGGACCCAUCGUGUCUCGGGGAAUCCAGCUUAUCCUUAGUAUCAUUCGAGUGGUUGAUUUUGAGAAUUUCCGGCCAUCGUCCGUCGCCGCUGCUGCGGUGCUCCUUGCGGCUCGCGAGAUCCAACAGCUCGGUCAAAUUGAUACUGGAACUACUGCAGCUUGGUACCCUGGGUUGGACAGGGAAAACAUUGUCAACUGCUGCCGAUUCAUGAAGAACAAUUUGGACGUCGCGGAAGGACCAAAAACUCCACCGAGGGAGACAGUUCCACGAAGCCCCACUGCUGUUCUUGAGCGCCAGGAUGGAACCUCCGCCGUUUCUUCAUCACCCUCAGAUUCUCAAUCCAGCAAAAGAAAGAGACUGCAGUAAGAACAGAAUACAAUUGAUUCUAACAAAUACCAACAGAAAACAAACACAGAUUUGUAAAUAAGAUGCUAGGAUAAAGAUGAGAUGACAGUAUAGAUGCUGAAUAGGUAGGAUAAAGAUGAGAUGACUGUAUAGAUGCUGAGUAGUGCUGGAUCCUAACUUUUUGCCUCUUUAGGGCACUCAGAGUUGAAGACAAAAAGAAUAUAAGCUUCAGACAUUUGUCCAAGUGAUACGUCUUUUCUUGUAGAGUUAUAGAUUGUUGUUUCCUUCGUCUUGUUUUUGAAUUGUUGAAGAAAGGGUCCUGGUGAAGUCAAUUCUGGGGUUAGUUGUCCAAGGAAGAAAUUUAUAAAGCGUGGGGGAGGGGAGGGGC